AUGAAUAUGAGUGAGAAGCAACUUGAUAUUCAAGUAUUUAAAGAUUAUAGCAUUGAUUUUACAACUAAUGUUCAAUUAGUGAAUGAAGUUAUGGCAAGAGAAGUUAUUAAGUACUUGUACAAAGUGGAUAUGAGUGAGAUGAAAAUAAAGGAUAUCCAGAAUAAUGAAGAAAUAGACAAAACAAAUGAUGAUUACGAUUAUGCUAUUCAAAUAGGAUUGUACUCUCACAAUAUUAUUUCUAAUAAAUAUAUUGUAGGAGGAAUGGUAGUUUCUAGUAAGGAUAAAGUUCCAUAUUUGUUUUUAGCUAAUUCAUAUAAAAUUUCAUAUUGGAAGACAGAUAUAGAGAAUUAUGAUGGAGACUUUUCUAUUACUAAUAAAUCAUUUAUGGUAGAGAGAAAUCAUGGAAUAGAUAUUAAAGGUACAUUACAUUUACCAAGAAAAUCAGCAUUUUUAUUAGGAAAGUAUGAAGAUGUUAUUUUUGAACAAAGUACUACUGAAUAUACAUUAGGAAGUGAUAAUGUGUAA